AAUGAAGCUAGUUUAAGCACGUCAAAAUCCAUAUUCAACAUAUAUAUUUUAUGGAGCCAAUGUUAGCAUCGUUUCUAGCAUAGGGGGAACGUUGGGGCUCUUGAACACACCCUUGUAGACGUUGGUACAGUGCUCCCUUUGCAUACAAUGAUAAAUGUCGGACAUUUCACAUUCAUGAAAAUGGUUUGACUUAUUGAGGGUAGAUUUUUAUUUCCACUUGUGAAACUUGAAUACGAUUAACAGCGAUGUAAUGUGUUACAACUGAUAGGCUGAAAAUGAACUUUUGAUUCGUAUUUCACUGAGUUGCAGGGUUUAGUUUACAGUUGUGUUUGACUUUUACGGCUGAAAUCAACACUGUUUGUACAAAUAUCGUCCUUUCAAUUCAACUUCUGAUACAACAACAUCUUCAGGCUUCUGUAGAGGUGUAUGCUUUCGCUGUAGCGUACAACACAUUUAGGGAAGUCGUAUUUUACACGCUGUAAGACAGGUAGGUUGUUAAAAAUACCGAUAUACCUGAAGGCAACACUAACAUACAGUGCAGAGUUUUCGUGACCCAGCUUGGUGACUGUGCUGCUGCUGCCAAAAGUGGAAAUAAAAACCAAUUUAUUAAGGUUACAAACAUCUAGCUAUGUAUUUUCGUCAGAUUUUGCGAACAUGGAUCAUUGGGACCAGAGUUGCUCACCUUAACCGUGUGCACCGCGUUGUUCGAGUUGAGGUAUCUGCUCUUGUAAACCGACUGAUUAUUAUAAGCAUUUUAUUUAUGUUGACAGCCGCAGAACAUGUGGGCAACAAGUGUCCUACCAGCCUUGGUGGUGGCUGUGGAAAACCCGCUGCACCCAACCACGGAAAGAGACCACUGUGCACUAAAAGUGACGAGGUGAGACUGGCAGAGGAGGCCAGCAAGAAAUAUGGCUCCCCAGCUCCAACCAUCUUCUCCAAAGUGAUUGACAAAAGCAUCCCAGCAGAUAUAAUUUAUGAAGAUGACAAGUGUUUGGCAUUCAGAGAUAUCAGCCCACAGGCCCCUGUUCACUUUCUGGUUAUUCCAAGGGUCCCAAUUCCCAGAAUAAGUGAGGCCAAAGAUGAUGAAGCUGAGCUCUUGGGACAUUUGUUGGUUGUGGCCAAAAAUCUGGCCAAACAAGAAUCUCUAAAUGAAGGAUAUAGAGUGGUGGUCAAUGAUGGAAAGCACGGUGCUCAGUCAGUUUAUCAUCUUCACAUUCACGUCCUGGGAGGAAGACAGAUGACAUGGCCGCCAGGAUAAUGCUUUGUUUUAGUAUGUCUGUUUCGUGUUUUCUCUCUCCGGGCCAUUUUAGAUAUUCAAUCUCAUGAUCUUGACUUGAUUUCUGAUGUUGGAGGUAGAUCAUCCUUAAAUUGGGAUACUUGUCCUCUUUUCUCUGCUAAAGAUUUGCAUCGACACCCAGAAUAUAAAUGUAAAUAUGUAGAUUUUGACUCGUGUAAAAAGAAAUGGAAGGAAGUUAUGUUUGAUGUCGCUGCACUCAAGAAAUAAAAACACCAUUUCUAAUUUGGAGAUCUGACACUCAGCUCAGUUUGUUAAUCUUACAUAAUCCAGUAAUUACAGCAAAUGCUUGUUUAUGUACUCGUAACAAUAACAGAUUCUUAUCAGUUGAUAGUGCAGACACCUCCAGUAGCAAAAUGAUCCUGAAAUAAACUUAGAUUUUUGACAUUAUUCUGGAUUGUAUAAUUUUGAACCAGUAACAGUCACUGGGAAAGAAGCACCUUUGACCUCAGUCUGUGGCUUAUGGGGUGAUCACUGUUUCAAAAUAAACCACAGACAUCUUUAAGUUGUCUGCGUGACGUUCAGAAA